AUGAUUUUAUCUGGAAUUAAAAGGGCUUCUCUUGUUUCAUGUCGCUUACAUAGCAGAACAGUUAAUUCUCGUUAUAGUAACGCAUUUUCCUUUGUUGUUACAAAACGAACGCGAGCAAUAAAUGUUUCUGCUUCAAGAUUUCAACAGAAGUCACAAGAAAAGGAACGACCUUUUGCAGAACGAUUAAAUGAAACUUGGAAGAAAACUAAAGUAACCUGGUAUCCUAUACCGAUCGGAUUAGGAAUAGCUUUCAUUGCAUUUCAACACUUGCUUCGCGUUUAUACCCGUGAAAAAAAAAGAAAAGAGCAAGAUUCAUCAAUUGAAAUUGAAAGUCGACCAGUUGUUAUAGGCCCCUGGCAGGUGUAUUUAAUUGAUUCUCUUCCGCUUCGUGCAUUCUCUAGAUUAUGGGGUCGAAUUAAUAACGAAUAUGAAUUACCCGUUUUUCUGAGAGAACCUUGUUAUAAGUUCUAUAGUUGGUUAUUUAAAUGUAAUUUAGAAGAAAUAGAAAAUACCGAUCUAAAAAGUUAUCCAAAUUUAGGUUCUUUUUUCUAUAGAUCAUUAAAGGCGGAUGUGAGACCAAUAGAAGAUGCAGCACUUGUAUCACCAGCGGAUGGCAAAGUUUUAAGUUUCGGAUUAGUUAAAGAAGGAAAAGUUGAGCAAGUAAAAGGCGCAACUUAUUCACUGGAUGCACUUAUAGGCCGAAAAGAGGAAAAACGUGUAAUGAGUUCAGAAAACCACCAUGCUGAAAUAGCUUCAUCGACUCACAUUGCUGACGAAAAAGAAUUUGCAAACCUUAAUGGUAUCACGUAUUCCCUGGAUACUUUACUUGGUGAUGAUACAGAUAAUGCUCUUAAACAGGAGAGCAGUGUUGGUGAAGAUGCUUCAAUUCAAUCGGAAGAGAAUGAUAUAAAAAAGGAAUUAAUUGUGGCGAAAAAUGUGAUAAGUUAUACAUUUGGACACCCUUCUGGACAUAAAUUGAGAGAGGGGAAUACACUUCAUUAUUGUGUAAUAUAUCUUGCUCCUGGAGAUUACCAUAGAUUUCAUUCACCAACCAGUUGGGUUGUUGAAACGAGGCGACAUUUUGCAGGGGAAUUAUUUUCUGUAUCACCAUACAUGGUAAAUAUGCUACCAGAUUUAUUUGUUUUAAAUGAACGUGUGGCAUUACUUGGAAGAUGGAGAUGUGGAUUUUUUUCAAUGAUUCCGAUUGGAGCAACAAAUGUUGGUUCUAUCCGAAUUAAUUUUGAUAAGGCUCUCCGUACUAAUCGAAGAGAAGAUUUACCAGUUGGAACAUAUACGGAGGUUUCUUAUAAAAAAGCAAGUAAAUUGCUUGGCGGACAACCAUUGAGAGCUGGUGACGAAAUGGGAGGAUUUUGUUUGGGUUCGACUAUAGCUUUGGUAUUUGAAGCGCCAUCCGAUUUCAAGUUUUGCGUGGAAACAGGACAAAAGAUCAAAUAUGGACAAAAGGUAGGAGAAGUUUAA